AUGCUUUUCUUCAAUAGCGCUACAUGUAUCAAAGGUCAUCGGUCGUCUUCAUGUAACCAUCAGGAUCGCCCACUUAUUGAAAUCAAACGAAAAGGCCGACCGAUAACUCAAUGUGAUCAUUGUCGUGAACUUCGUAAAACUCAGAAAAUUCAUGUCAAAUGUAAUUGCAAUGACAGAACGAAAGAAGAGAGUUCAUCUACAACUCUGAAUAAUACAUCACCUUUUUCAAAUAGAGGUGCUAAGUGUGUUUGUUACCAUCCGGCUGACGAUAAUUCUUCGUUAGUUGAAAGCCAUUGCAGUACGGCAUAUGAAGAUUCUGUUACGAGUUCUUUGUCAUCAAUACCAUCAUACGAUCAACCUGUUAUUCCACUAGAACCUGAAAACUGUAAUCAAUCUAUUAUUCCGAUAGAACCUGAACAUCGUGAUCCAACCGUUUUUACGAGUUCUUUACAAAGUUGCCCUUCUGCCAUGGCAAGUGGAAGUUGUUGUGGCACAUCAACCACUGAAUCCGUGUGCAGGUGUGGUACAGGAUGUGGUUGCGAAGGUUGUGGAACACAUUCGCUUACGAUAACUUCGUCGCAACCUGUGAAAAAUUGCUGUUCUACCAGUACUAGAAUAGUCAGUCAAUAUGAAUAUGAAAUAAAUGAUGAUGACUUAAGAGAUGUAACUUCAGUUGAGGCAUUAUUGAACCCAUGCAAAUGUUUGGCAGGUUCUGAGUGCAUUUGCUGUCGUCCAAUAGAGUGUAUCGAUUUUUUGACUACAGACUCUACACCGUACGAAGCAUCUAGUUUUACUGGAUAUUCGACCACCGUGUUAGGAUGCAAAUGUGGGUCAGGUUGUAAGUGCAAUGGAUGUGGAAAGGGUUGCUAA